AUGAGGAUAGCUAUUGGAUACUUUGUAGCAGCAAUGUCAGAGAUUUGGCUUGUCAACAAUAAUUUGGUCGAUUCAACUGUAUCAUUUGUGAAGAAAUACUUCAUGGAGUGGGGGAAUGGUCCGGCUGUAAAAGGUUCCAAAGGUGCAGAGCUGGCCGACGGGUUUGUUAUCAAGGACGGGGAGUACAAGCUGGUGAAGGGAAGAUUCAGCUCCUUCUUUGCCACCAACCUCGAUUCUGUCCUCAAAACUUCAGGGAUCAAGAACUUGGUUGUAACUGGGGUCCAAACACCAAAUUGCAUCAGGCAGACUGUCUUCGAUGCUGUCGCACUGGACUAUGAGAAAGUUACGGUUAUUACUGAUGCUACAGCUGCUGCUAAUCUAGAAAUACAUUUGGCAAACAUCAGGGAUAUGAAGAACAUUGGAGUUGAAACACCAACCCUGGAAGAAUGGCGUCGCUAG